AUGCGGGAGGGCGCGUUGGUGUGGCACCACGUACCGUCCCUGCUCGAGUCCACCAGGGCCGGCGAGGGAGGAGGACUUAUGGAACAGGAAUUGGGCGGAGGAGGGGGCAUUGCUGUCCCGGAUUCUUCCCAAGGCUUGCCGGCAUCUCGAGGGCCUUUCGCCUCCCUUGUCGUCCUUGGAGGAAAAAGCGCCGCUACCAGCAAGCAAGACCGAGUUUCUGCCGUGCCGGCCGCCAGCAGUCGGAGAGACGCGGACGCAGGCAUUGUGAAUGGCGAAGACAAGAAGUCAUGGCCAUCCACCGAGCUGUUCCUGAAGCACCCCCUGGCUCUGUUAGCCCUUGUACCAAAGGACGCUGCUCUCUUCGCCGCUGGGGCGGCGGCUGGCGCGGUUGCGAAGACAGUGACCGCACCGCUGGACCGCAUCAAGCUCCUCAUGCAGGUGCGCCCAUGAUGCCCCCUUUCUGCAAUUAUCCUACGAAGACGUGGCCUACUCAUUUGCUGAGAACGUUUUUUCAGCAUACAUUAGGUGAGGGAAACUUUCUUUCCUAUGAUUUUUUAGCGAGAUGCUGCGCCAAAGUCCCGACCCUUUUUGUAACCUGAUGCAAUCCUAGCUAUCGCUCAACAUCUGAGUCAGACAUUAGCGUCACUUACUCGUGUUUCAUUUUUCAGACUCAUAGUGUGCGGCUCGCGGGAGAAAGUGCUGGCAAAGCGAUUGGUUUCCUUGAGGUCUCUGUUCUCUUUUAUUUUCUUCAGGCUUCAGUUCUUCUAUCUUGGUAUUUCUUCAGUUUAUAUCCUCGAUAAUAAUGGAGCUUUGUUUCCCGGGGAAAUGCCAUGAAUUAUGAGCAACACUCGCCUAUUAAUUAGCUAUAUCUGGCUCUGCAGUAAUGAGGAUUUUCCUUUACUUUUCUCAGUAAUUGGAAGCCACAGUUCAGUGAAACAAAGUGAAAUUUAAAACAUUUAAUAGAAACUUAAAUCAUGAUAAAAGAUCUUUCCAUCUGAUCGCGAAACGAAAACGAUCUUUCUUUCCAAAAGUACAUGGAGAACCAGACUGAAAGAAAAAAUAAAAUGAAUUUUGUGAAAAAAAUUAAAGGCCUGUUAUGACUGUUCUGUUCAUGCAAAAAUCGAGGUUGGCUGAUGUUCAUAGAGCUUAACACGUUCUCUUAGUUCAUUUGAAAUCCCAACUCUGUGACUUUUGCUCACCGUUUUCAUCUCAAAUAGAUUCAAGUAGAACACGCAUUUAGUGAAAAUUAGGUUUGAGUGGUAUUGCGCUUUGUAAUUCUUGUUUUAGUUUUGACUGCCUCGCUCUGUAUAUGUGUGGUUGAUGUUGAACCAUUGAAUCUUCAAUCCAUCACCCUAUGCAGAAGCUUAUUCUCUGCCAUUUAGAAGCCGCUCUUCAUUAGUUUUUUAGUGAGUAUAUUACCUCAUUAAUGGUGAUGAGCAUCAAAACUUACCACGUAUCUUUCUUUGGCUCUCCUCUUCUCCAAACAUGGAUGUCCCAUCAUUAUUUCUGUGAAAGUCCAAGCAUCAACAUUGAAUUAAAAAACAUUACUACUUUGGAAAUCUCGGUCCUAAAAACACUGGUUGAUCUCAUUUUUCUUCAAUCGCCUUUUAGGGUGAAACAAUUUAUUUAUGGCUGUUUGGAUUCAGUUUCAUCAAUGCUACAUGAUUUUAGAAGAAUCAGAUGGGCUAACGGAGGACAUUGAUUAUGGAAUACAUCUGUCUAAUAAAUUCGUCACUACAAGUUUAAAGGGCUAUUUGAAACUCAGUUUAUACUUGCCAGUCCUGAUUUCAAGUGGCCAAUGAAAUGAGCCCAACAAUAUCUGAACUAUUUGUGGUUUUGUGGUAUACGGUUAUUUCUCCAUUUUUUAGAUGAACUGCUGUCUAUUCCAGGCUGUUUCACUGAUCGGAAAGGAGGAAGGUAUCAGAGGUUAUUGGAAAGGAAAUCUUCCACAGGUUUCUUAAAACCGUUUAUAUUCGAGCUGUUAUGUCUUGUAGAGUAGUGGAUUAAAAUCAUUUAAAUUCUAACUAAUUACCAAAGAUUUUUCUAGGUGAUCCGUGUCAUUCCUUAUAGCGCUGUGCAGCUGUUCUCUUAUGAAAUCUACAAGGUAUUAAGUCGAUAUUAAACGGAGUUUCAGUGCCAGUAAUCAAUUCAUUUAUUUGACCAUAUCUGUUAGCAUUUCAGCUUUCGUUAAUUCCUGUCUCAGAAAAUUUUCAAGAGAAAGGAUGGGGAAAUCUCUGUUCUUGGGAGACUGGCUGCAGGGGCAUGUGCUGGGAUGACAUCCACUCUUGUGAGUCUUUUAAUAUCUAAAGUCCACGAUCUCUCUCUCUCUCACACACACACGCACACGCACACACACACACAAACCCCUCGUGUCUCUGUUUCAUAUUGUUCGGCUUUGUGAAAUGACCACAUUGUGCUUGUAAAAAUUCAUUAGCCAUAUGACUGGCGCCCCUCUGGGCUUUUAAAUAUUUGGAAUUAGAAGAAUUGGCCCUGUACCAGCCAAACUGGCGCCCCCCGGGGCUUUUAGAGGAAUGGGGUUCACAUCAGGUGGAAAGUUGACUAGUACAAGAUCCCUAGACCUUGGAGACUCCGGCUGUUGUGCAAAGGCUCUGUGACAGUGACGAUGAUCAUAACAUGAGCAUUUGUGGUAAAAAUACCGUACACUUGUCAUGAUUUUGACUGGAAAUUUCAUUUCUUAUUGUGUUGUAGGUCACAUAUCCUUUGGACGUAUUGAGGCUCAGGCUAGCUUUGGAACCUGGAUGCAGAACGAUGUCUCAGGCAUGGAGACCCAUUUUGGAAAAUAGCUUUCUAUUAAUGUUUUGGUACAUGUAGUAAGACGACUGUUUAUUUUCAGGUCGCAUUGAGCAUGCUAAGAGAAGAAGGAAUUGCCUCAUUUCAUGCUGGGCUUGGUCCGUCGCUUAUCGGAAUAGCUCCAUACAUUGCUGUGAACUUUUGCAUCUUUGACUUGUAAUCUUCAUGCUUUUUUCUUCUGAAUCUUCAUCCCUGUGGGUGUGUGUGUUUUCCACUGGACAGUUUGUGAUGAUCUUCGAUAUACUAAAUAGUUUCGUAUCAUAUCAGGGUGAAGAAAUCGGUCCCAGAGAAGCAUCGAAAUAGACCAGAAACAUCUCUUGCAACCGCAUUGGUGUCUGCAACACUUGCUACUCUUAUGUGCUACCCUCUGGACACUAUACGUAGGCAGAUGCAAAUGAGGAAUUCGCCAUAUGGCAAUGUUCUGGAGGCUUUUACCGGUAAAAUUUAAUCUACAUGCAGCUGACUCAUUAUUUGUACGGAUCAGUGUGGGUUUAAUCUCAACAAGUUGACCUUUCACAUUGGUUAAUUUUCUUUCAUCUUCUCAAUGACCUUUUUUGUCGUCUCCAGAGAGCAUAGUCAACGCUAUAAGAUUGACCCCGAUGACUCUGCUUUUAGAUCCUAGUUAAUGGUUCUCCAUGUUCCUGCAGGCAUUCUAGAACGAGAUGGCACCCUCGGAUUGUACCGUGGUUUUGUUCCCAAUGCAUUGAAGAACUUACCAAACAGCGGGUAUCUCCACCCAUCCGUCCUCCGUGUGUCUUUUCCUCUUAGAUUACAAGUCUAUCGCUGUCACUUGUUUUCUCUUCUGCCUCGGCUGUGCGGCUCCCGAUUCCUGCCUAACUCGAGCUUUUACUCUCAUUCCUUGCCUGGAAUGCCUGAACUAUUGCAGCAUCAGGUUGACUGCCUUUGACGCCGUGAAAGGGGUAAUCGAGGCCAGUCAAAAGGAGCUCCAGAGGCUCAUAGAUGAGAACCGAGACAAACUAGGCGCCUGA